AUGAUUGACGAUUUAGAUCUUACCCUGGCCCCGGAGCAAAAUGAAGUUUUGCCAAAACAAGGUCGAAGAGCCAAUCGCAUGGCCUUCGAGACGAAAGCUGAGGAAACCAGUAGUCCGUUUGAGAUGGGGGGAAGCCCAUUGAAGGGUCGUCCACUAUCAGGAGAAUUAUUGCUAGAUGAAGGCUUCAAAGUGUCCCGAGGAGGUGGAGCCAACCGGGGACGGCGGAACAUCGGAGGGUGGGCCGAAGAACGGACUAAAACCGCCAAAAGUGUUCGUAUUCAAUCCGCCGCGCACCAAAUCUCGGCAGCUCACAAUGCUGGCGAUUCCGAUGAGGACGGAAAUUUCCCGGAUAUCCCGGAUUUGGAUGACGUUCAUGAUGAUGAUAUGACUCUACAGGUGGCCGACGCUCCGUCAUUGGCUGUUAACCGCGUGGCUACUUUCCGUGAAUUGGAUAACGAUCUCUUGAAACACGUCGCUUUUGCUACAAUGGAUGAUAUCGAUCUGAAGCUUCUGACCAAAGGAUUGACACCCGAGCUAAAACUCAAGGAGCUCGAUGAACCCUGGACGUGGGAUAUUCUUUUCGCGGAGGUCACAGGGGACCUUCAAAAGGAAUGGUUUCCGGAGCAAGAAGAACAAGAAAAAGCGGCCGCCGCCAACGAACGCCCUUACACGGCCUUCAAUAGAUUCCCUGUAUGAAUGUCAAAAAAGUGUUUCAAUACAGAGCUUCAUUUCUCUCA